AUGCCGGGGAGGGGGUGGCGAGUUAUUGUUCGCCGGUCGCUGUUUGCUGUCGGUCAUCGACGGCCGGCUAAAAUUCGAGAUUGCGGCGAGAUGUUGACCGGUCAACGAUCGCCGACCGGCAGUCAACAGUUGCUGUCGAUCUGUAAUUCCCCCGAUCAGAACUACCGUACUCUGUUUGCUGGAUUUCCAAUUGAUGAUGGAGGAGGAGUUGUUCAAUUAGCGAGGGAUUUCCAUUUUUCCGAACUUCUUGUCGUAAGCUGCAAUUUCGGUGGUUGUUUUGCUGCUGCUCGGCUAAUUAUUCGAUACCUAAAGCUGGGGUUUUGCUCGGAAUCCUGUUCCAGAAGUUUCCGGCAAAGAGUUCCAGAAGCUCGGGAGGCGGUGGAAUG